CGGUGCCUGAGGCUAGCCGCAUCCAGGCCUUACUCCUCUGUCCCGCUGCUUUGGAUAGUAGUAAAUACCCGCACCCGACGCGUUGAUACAUGCGGAGCCCCCGAGGACGAGAAGUAUCCAACGGAGAGAAGACAGAUCCACGCAUAUCACACCACCCAAAAUUCUUUCACGCAUUGGUUAGCUAGACCACCGGAUAAAAUGGGAGAAUCAAUGCAUCGCAAAAUCGAGCUUCAAGCCCCCGCCGAUUUCACAUACCUUUAUGGCAACACUGUCGCCCUCUCGCGCCAAAAACUCGACCUUCAUUUACCUCCCUCUGCAAACCCUGAAGAUGGACCGGACCCAAUGCGCGAGCGGGUGCGUGAGCUAGUCGAUGAGUAUAUAUUACGUACUUUCACAUCGGCUUCCUCCUCGAUAAGUAUUAACGGUCUCGACUCUUCAUCGCCUCAGUUUCCCUUUCCGGCUGCUUUCACUGCGCCCGCAGAGACAGUCGAAUACGAACCGUAUGACGGGCAUCUUGCAUCGCGUGUGACUUCGCUCUACGCACAGUUGGAAUCGCUUACGACGACAGUAGCACAGUUAAGACGGGAUGCGCCGCGACGUGCGGCGGAGACAUAUGCAGCGGAAUUAAAGAAGGUGAUAGAGGAGGACGAACAUGAUGAUCUGGAAGAUGAGGAAUCUCUGGAAAGUGGAGAAGACCACGAGAGACAAACAACGGAAGACGUCGACAUGCCUGAUGCAGACCAGGGCCAGAAAGACAAUGCCAGCGAUAGUCCCAGUACGAAUGGCCCACGCCGGAGAUCAGCGAAAACGAAGUGGGAUUUACAUGUGCCCUUAGGCACCGACCAUGAAGCGGAACUAUGGCGCACUGGGGAGGUGGCAGAAGUAUAUGAGGAUACAUUACGGACUUUACUUCGACUCCAGGGUGAGGCUGUUCCUGGCGAUGAGACGAAUGCCACAACAGAUGGGGCCGCCGAUGGAAAUGCUGUAGCAUCGACAGUCGGGAAGGCUGAACGAGCCAGUCAGGCAGUUGAAGUCGUGGAGAAGAAGUGACCGCCUAUGGGUCUGUUUUGUCACUUUUCACUUUGCAAUUCGGGUCUGUUGGUGUUUGGCGCUAGGCAUGGAAUGAUACCAGUAAAUACUCG